GCAUUUUUUAAAUGACAGAUCAGCAGUGCAGAUAUUAAGGAAGAGCCAGGUCAUCCUGAAGAAAGGCAGCCUGGAAAGGAUAAUGACGGAGGGGGUUUCCCAGCCGAGUAUUUUGAGAAGCAGCUGUCUCUGAAAAGCUCCGUCUCCGCGCAGACUGAGAGCUGCAGAUCCGCUUCAGAGCAUCUUUCAGCGGGGGGACUGGAAGAUGCAGGCGUCGGCAUGUCGCGCUGCUCCCGGAUCUCUGUAGUCAUGACGGCCAGAGGAAGAUGUGUGAACUGACUUGGGUCAUUCCUGGCGUUGUUGGAUUUGUUUUUUCUUUCCACCGAGUGAAUCUGGACGUGUUGCGGGACUGAAAUGGAGCGUCAAUCCGAAGCGUGAAAGACACUGAGCGACAGUUUGUGUUUGAGGGCUAAAAUUGGACAAUAAGCAAAGGAAAUCAGAAAGAGGGGGGUCUCAUCAUUUGCAAUGGUAAUUUUUCUGUUUCUAUUUUUAGCCACAGUUUCUUUUCUCCAUUGUGACAUGACCACGAAGCCAUAUUGAAUACCUUAUUAAUUAUUUUUCAUGGGAUAUAAUUCACAGACAAUUGCUGUAUUCUCUAAUUAGGAAUAUAUAGACCUUAUUCAAAGAACCCAAUCAUGUCCAAAAAUAAGAGCAGCGAAGCAGUGAAGGUGGUAGUUCGAUGUCGUCCACUGAGCCGGAAAGAGGAGUCCACUGGUCCUGCUGGGGGGAUUGUGCAGAUGGAUCUACGGCUCGGACAGGUGAUCCUCAGAAACCCCCGGGCGCCACCAAGCGAGCCCCAAAAAACAUUCACAUUUGAUGCGGUGUAUGAUUCAAGCUCCAAACAGCGAGACCUGUACGACGAAAGCGUCCGUCCACUGAUAGAUUCUGUUCUUGCAGGCUUCAAUGGCACCAUCUUUGCCUACGGGCAGACUGGAACUGGAAAGACCUACACCAUGCAAGGAUUGUGGCUGGACCCAGAGAAGCAAGGUGUGAUCCCUAACGCUUUUGACCACAUCUUUACGCACAUUUCCCGCUCACAGUCUGACAAGCAGUAUCUGGUGCGGGCAUCCUACCUUGAGAUCUACCUAGAGGAGAUCCGUGACCUCCUUGAUCCCAACCAUGGCAACACCAGAGGCCUGGAGCUCAGAGAGAGUCCAGAGACAGGAGUUUAUGUUCAAGAUCUCACAUCUUGCGUGUGCAAAAGUAUCAAGGAGAUUGAGGAGGUAAUGAAUGUGGGCAAUCAGGCCAGGGCAGUUGGAGCAACGGACAUGAACGAACAUUCAUCAAGGUCUCAUGCCUUGUUUCUGAUCACUGUGGAAUGCAGUCAGCCUGGACCAGAUGGGAGAAAACAUAUUAGAGUGGGACGGCUUAAUUUGGUGGACCUGGCUGGCAGUGAGCGGCAAGCUAAGACAGGAGUCCAGGGUGACCGCCUUAAGGAAGCCGCUAAGAUCAACCUAUCUCUAUCAGCUCUGGGGAAUGUCAUCUCAGCUUUGGCCGAUGGACGUAGUAGCCACGUGCCGUACCGGGACUCCAAGCUGACGCGGCUGUUGCAGGACUCUUUGGGUGGCAAUGCCAAGACGGUCAUGGUUGCAACUGUUGGCCCAGCCCCCCAGCAUUACGAUGAGACUCUCACCACCCUUCGUUAUGCCAAUCGUGCAAAGAACAUCCAGAACCAGCCCAGAGUCAACGAGGACCCCAAAGAUGCUCUUCUCCGUGAGUUCCAGAAGGAGAUUGCUCGUCUCAGGGCGCAGCUCAACCACAGGAGGUUUAGGAGCAAACAGAAGAAGGAGCAGGUGGAUGGUGAGGCUUGGGAAAGAGACGGAGAUGAAGAGGGGGAGGAGCUUGAAGAAGAAGAGGUGGAAAAAGAGGCAGAAGAGUUUGUGAAGCUGGAGGAACAAAGGUUGGAGAAAGAGAAUGAAGCCAUUAGAGAGGAUCAAUUUCUGUUGGCAGAGGAGAAGCAGAAGCUCCUGGGGGAGAACGAGAAGAUGAUGGGGGAUCUGAGGAAGAGGCAGGAAGCCACCGAACAGCUGACUGCCAGAUACAAGGCAAUGGAGAGCAAGCUGCUGGUCGGAGGGAAGAACAUCAUCGAUCACACCAACGAGCAGCAGAAGAUGCUGGAGAUGAAAAGGCAGGAGAUCGCUGAGCAGACACGAAGGGAGAGGGAGAUGCAGCAGCAGAUGUUGGUCCAGGAUGAGGAGGCGGUGGAGCUGAGGGAGACUUUCACAUCCCUUCAACAAGAAGUCGAGGCCAAGACCAAGAAACUCAAGAAGCUGUACGCCAAGCUCCAGUGCACCAAGGCGGAGAUCAAGGAUGUGAACGACGAGCACGUGAGGAGCCGGCAGGAGCUGGAGCAAACGCAGAACGAGCUCACCAGAGAGCUCAAGUUCAAGUAUCUGAUCAUAGAGAACUUCAUUCCUCCAGAGGAGAAGAAUAAAAUCAUGAACAGGUUGAUGUUUGACCCAGACGAGGAUGAGUGGAAGUUCAAGCCUCUUGUUCCAGAGGAAAGUAAAUCCUCACAGAUGAAGAAAAGACCGCUGUCUGCAGUCGGAUACAAGCGACCAAUCAGCCAAUAUGCUCGGGUAGCGAUGGCGAAGGGAACUCACCCCAGAUACAGGGCUGAGAACAUCAAGUUGCUGGAGCUGGACAUGACUCCUCCAAACACCUCAGCUCUGACGGACGGGGAGCAGAACCAAAGUCCUACACUGAACAACUCUCCCUCCAACGACAAAGGGAUCUGCAAAUCUCGCUCUUGGUACCAGAGCCAAAAAUCCAUCACUUCCUCUUCUUCUAAUAAUUCCUUGCUCUUCAUUUGACGCCGGGACACAAACACACACCAUCACCUCUGCUGCCUCCGAAGAAGGCAUAAAAUAGGAAGCUAACAGACCGGAUGAACCUCAGAGACUCUGUGAGACUUUACUCCUGCAGUUCGUUUAGGAUCCAACUGUCCCUUUCUUCUGCAUGUUUGAAUCAAAGAGGUUUUGGAUCAAAGAGAAAAUUCUGUCUCACUGAAGUAACCGGUGAAUUUUGGGGAGAAAAACGGAAGAGACUGAAAAAGAUCUCAAUAAAUACCGAGAUAUUUAUACAUAUUCCAUCUAUUCAGGGGAUUUCCAGGUUAGGUUUGGUCUGUUUUAUGUGUAAAGGGAAGACUUUAACAAUUAGGAACAUUUUGUCUGUGUUGGCUUUUGGAAGUGACUGCAGUAAAAAUAAUAAUAUGAUGUUGUUGGUCAGAUGUGGUCCUGAAACCUGAAUGAUGACCUUUAUCAUCCCUGUCCAUUCCUCUGUCUUUCUGUGUCUAAUUCAACUCAAAUGUCUUGAAAGAAAUAUCAUUAAAGUGCAGAAUGUGA